AUGUCUUUUCUGCUGCAGGUGUACAAGGCAACAGGAGAAGACUUCCUUAAGAUAGCAGGCGGUACCUCCAGUGAGGUGGCGUUGUUUCUGUCUCGAGAGGACCAGGUGAUUGUCAGGAUGAGAGGUCUUCCCUUCACUGCCACACCUGACCAGGUGCUGGCCUUCUUCUCCCAAGGGGAGGGGCCUAAAGAGGCGUGUCCUGUCAGUGGUGACAAGGAAGGUAUCCUAUUUGUGCGUUUCCCUGAUGGAAGGCCGACAGGCGACGCCUUUGUCCUAUUCGCCAGUGAGGAGCAUGCUCAGUGCGCUCUCAGGAAGCACAAAGACAUCCUGGGAAAGAGAUACAUUGAGCUGUUCAAGAGCACCGCCGCUGAGGUGCAACAGGUGUUGAACAGGUACACGUCAGCCCCUCUGAUCCCCGUGGCUCCAGCCCCCCUGGUGUCAAUGUUGCCCUCUGUGUCUCUGUUGCCCUCUCCUGGUGGUGUGAGGGACUGCCUCAGGCUGAGGGGGCUGCCCUACACCGCCACCAUAGAGGACAUACUGGCCUUCCUAGGAGAAUACACACACGACAUCAGACCACACGGAGUACACAUGGUGGUCAACCAACAGGGUCGUCCGUCAGGGGACUGUUUCAUCCAGAUGUGUUCAGCAGAGCGGGCUUUCUCUGCCUCCCAGCGGGUCCACAAGCAGGUGAUGUCUGGUCCGGGCCAGGCUGGCAAGCGAGGGGUUAACAGCCGCUAUGUGGAGGUGUUCCCCUGUAGCGCUGAAGAGAUGGGUCUGGUGUUGAUGGGAGGCUCCCUCUCACACACACACAUUCACACACACACCCGGACCAGGAGUGGGACAGGGCUCAGCCCGCCGCCAUGUCUGUCUCCUCCCUCCUACUCCUUCCCACCCAUCCCUUCCAUCAUGUCGGCUGAGGCUGCCGGCCUCUUCCCUCCCAUUGGGCAGGUGAUGCUGAGUCCCCGCCCCCUAGGACCUGGACACGCCUACUACCCAGCUAGCACUCAGCUCUACAUGAACUACACUGCAUACUAUCCCAGCAUUGAAGUUCAUUUGGAUGUGAUAUCCCUGACAGAAAAACCACAUGGAGUUCACAUGUGAACACGUGACGUUUUCCAAAAGCACGUUUUCAUGUGAUCUUAUAUGAAGUUAAUGUGACAACAUGUAAAGCAACAUGUGAUAACAUGAAACUACAAGUGAAAACACAUGAAGUGUUACAAAAAACACAUUUUCACAUGAUUUUCCACAUUGUGAAAUUGUGUGGUUUUUCCUUAACGGAUAAUUACUGUAUGACUCUAAGCACACACACCUCAUGGCAUUUCAGGAUGUAUAAUGCUGUGUUUGUUAAGGCCUCUCCAACUCACUCCUUAUAUCUCCCCCUCUUUCUCUCCUCCCUUCUCCCUCUCGUCUCACACUCUCUUCUCACUCUCUUCUCCCUCUCUCCUCUCUUCACCCUCUCUCUCCUGUCUUCUCACUCUUUUCUCCCUCUCUCCCUCCUCUCUUCACCCUCUCUCUCUCCUCUCUUCUCACUCUUCUUACUCUCUCUCCUCUCUUCUCACUCUCUUCUCCCUCUCUCCUCUCUUCACCCUCUCUCUCCUGUCUUCUCACUAUUUUCUCCCUCUCCCUCCUCUCUUCACCCUCUCUCUCUCCUCUCUUCUCACUCUCUUCUUACUCUCUCUCCUCUCUUCUCCCUCUUCUCCCUCUCUCCCUCCUCUCUUCACCCUCUCUCUCUCCUCUCUUCUCACUCUUCUCCCUCUCUCCCUCCUCUCUUCACCCUCUCUCUCUCCUCACUCUCUUCUUACUCUCUCUCCUCUCUUCUCACUCUUCUCCCUCUCUCCCCAUCUCUUCACCCUCUCGCUCUCCUCUCUUCUCACUCUCUUCUUACUCUCCCUCCUCUCUUCUCACUCUUCU